AUGGCGGCUGCUGACGGCGCGGCUCCUCCUUCUCCGGCGAGGCUUGACGGUGGCGGAGCAAUGGCUGCCAUGGCUGCUGCUGCGGACGUUUCGCAGAUGGACGAGAAUGAGGGUGCAGAUUCGUGGUUGCGCUACUACAGCGAGAACGGUGAAGGUGGCGCGAAGGAGGAAGAUGGUGGUGGUGGAAGCGCGAGGUUGCUGCUGUGCGAACGAAGAUGGUGGCUGCUCGUCGUUACUACAGGAACUCGCGGUGGUGCGGGAAAGCUCGCGGAGGAGAUCUGCAAUGGAGGUGGCGUGACGGAACUGCGGAGUUGUGGCAGGUCUGCGGUGGUGGCGGAAGCUACGCGAUCUGUGGUGGCGCGAGUGAAGAAGAUGCGCUGUCACGGUGCUGAUGAUUGUUGUUAUUCCAAUGGAAUUGUAAUCGCAAAUGAUAAGAUCUUGGUGUUAGAAGGUGAGAAGAGCGAGAUGUUGAGCUUGGUGAAGAAGACUUUCUAUUCUAACAAAGGAAUUUUUCUUCGUGAACUUAUCAUCAAUGCUUCUAAUGCUUUGGAUGAAAUCCAAUUUGAGAGGCUCACAAAAACAAAUAUUUUAAAUAAUGAUGAACUAAUUGUUAGAUUAAUCAUUCACAAGGCUAACAAAACACUUUCUAUCAUCGACAAUGGUAUUGGCAUGACCAAAGCAGAUUUGGUCGAUAAUUUGGGUGUUGGCUUCUACUCUACUUAUUUGGUUGCUCAUAAGGUUAUCCUCACCUCCAAGCAUAAUGACCAUGACCAAUAUAUUUGGGAAUCUCAACCUAGUUCCUCUUGCUUUUUAACCACGGAUAUCAAUGACCAACGACUCCCCAGGGGAACUAAAAUUACCCUUUUCCUCAAGGAUGAUCAAUCAGAGUAUUUGGAGGAGACCACCAUCAAGAAUCUCAUUAGCAAAGAUUGCCAACAAAUUACCCAUCCUAUUUACCUUUGGAGCGAGAACACCAAAGACCAUUGGAAACUUAUUAACAUUUGGUUGCACGACCAAGAGAUGGACAAUAAAUUUGUGGCUCAAAAUCUUGGCAAACACUUACCAGAUCAUCUUGCAUUCAACAUUCUUUUCAAAUUGUCAUUGAAAUCUCUUAAAAGAUUUGGAUGCAUAUGCAAAUCAUGGGCUCUCUUGUUGGAAAAUCCUAAUUUCAUGAACCUCUUUUACAAUAACUUCAUAUCUAACCAAAACUCUUAUUUUGAUGAUAGCUCUCUCCUACUAUGCCUCGGUCCAAAUUACGACCAAUAUAAUGAUGAGUCUUCCUUAUAUUCACUUUUUGGUAUGAAGUUUCAGAAUUCGACAAUAUUAAAUUGGCCAAAUCCACGUAUAGAAGGUCAUUCUCCUGGAGUUUAUAUUUUGGGUUCUUCUAGUAUUAAUGGAAUUAUUUGCCUCUACCUAGAAGCAACAGACAUUGUGUAUUUAUGGAAUCCUUCUACCAAUGAAUGUAAGGUCACUGCGCCCAGCCCAGUUUCGGAUGUACAAUAUGAUUUCGAUGUUGUGAUUGAAUAUGAAGGAUUUGGUUAUGAUAUUGCUAGAGAUGAUUAUAAAGUGAUUAGAAAAAUAGGUUAUUAUGCACAAGGAAACUUGGUUGAAAAUAAUCAUAACGAAUGGGAAUAUGACCGGUUUUGGGAGAUUUAUAGCCUAAGAAGCAAUUCUUGGAGGAAACUUAAUAUCGAAUUUCUUAACUGUCAAGGUAUUAAUAAUAGAUUCUAUUUAGAGGGAAUGUGUCAUUGGUUAUGUAACAAUGGCGAUGAAGGAUAUUUGGUUUCGUUUGACAUAAGCAAUGAGGUAUGUUAUACAACCCUCACACCCUUAGAUAUACCCACAAAAACAUACAAUGAUUUUAAUUUCUGUUUGGUGAUGAGACACUUAUUUCUCUUAAAUGGGUCAAUUGCUUUAAUGUCAAGUUAUAAAGACACAACUAUAUUUUACGUAUCAAUUUUGGUUGAAGUUGGCAAGAAGGAAACAUGGACUAAACUCUUUACUAUUGGACCUUUACCGUCACUUUCGUUUCCUAUUGGAACAAGUAAUAUGGGCAAUAUACUCUUCGAAACAAAUGAUGGUGAACUAGCUUGGUUUGACUUAAGAACCAACCUGAUUGAGAAGCUUGGUGUCAACGUACAAAAUCGUGAUUGCCAAAUAAUACUUUAUAAGAAAAGUCUUUCCAAUAGAAGGAUAAAUACUUAGUGUUUUUUUUUGUUUUCACCUAAAUGACUUAUGACUACUUAUAUUAGAGUUUUCUCCUACAAAUAUCCUAAGUGGCUUGUGAAUUUCUCAUUGUAGUUCUCUCGGUUUAUGCCCCCUUUAUGGCUAAGUGGAAACUAUAAAUAAAAUACAACCAAUCAUUGUAAUGGAAUUUUGUAUCACUGUUAUUUGUGA